CCCUAUUUGGAUCUGGAUUGGGUCCUUCAUGCAUGUACCGGAUCGAGUCAAUCGCCAUUAUCUUCCACCAAAAUAGUAUCAUUCUCAACGCAAACCCGCAUUCUUCUUUUCAUACCUAUAGGUUGUUUCAAAUUUAUUACCUAUCGCCUACCUGCUUAUGUUAUAACGACCAUGCAUAGCAGUAUCAUAUUAUGAACGGGUGCCAACUUACUUGAUAGGAAUCUCGGGAAGUAGCCCAUCUACGUCGGUACUUCAGUCACCUGCCUAAAGCAUGGUGCAGGUUUACCAAGUUCCGGGUCAAUUGCUGUAAGAUACCUAAUCUGUCACCUACCAACUCAUGUGAUUACUGCAGAAGUGAAGUUAUAACCAUUCGGAUCAUAACGUCGAGCAUCACAUUGCUUUCUAUGAAUAAUGACGCCCGAAAUCGCAUCCUCCCUCUCGCUCUUCGCCUUCCUUCUGCAUUUCCCCGCAUUGACACCCAAGGGACUAGGACUUGGGGCUGUCGAUACAAGUUAGGGGUAUUCGCAUCAUUCUAAGCUUUCCAGAGCAUUGUAGAUGUUCACACUCAGUAUCUUUCCAAAUCGCUUAGUUACUCCUUCUUAAAUAUGACCACAGUAAUCGAUAGGCAACCUGCCCCUCCUAUCAAUCCUAGCUACAAACCAGACGUGGAAAUCACAAAGCUCCCCGCUGAUACGCCAUAUGGGAAGGUCCUUGAGGUCCUAGAGCGUGACGGUGGCGUUAUUAUUGAGAAUUUCGCCACAGCUGAGGAUCUAGAGGCCAUUGAAAGGGAAAUUAAAGAAUCCAAAAAACCCGAGGAUGACCAACCACACACUGGGUUUCCAAUAAUACCAUCUGAGACACGCGUGAUUUCUGGCCUUGUUGGGAGAUCCAAAACAGUUGCGGAUAUCUGUGAGAGACCAUUACUGACCAAACUCCGGGAGGAGAUCCUAACGGAACAUUUCUCCAUCACCCGCGAGCGAUAUACAGAUCACUAUCGCAUCGACCCUCUACUCAGUGUCAGCCUCUCAUUUCAAAUUGGCCCAGGUGCUCCGCGACAAUAUCUCCAUCGUGAUGACGCCACUCAUGGUAUAGAUCACAGUGCACCGUUCAACCUGAAGAAGGCCAGCCAAUUUGGAUGCCUCAUAUCUGGAUGCCGGACGACUAGAGAAAAUGGGGCUACCAUGUUCGUUCCUGGGAGUCAUCGAUGGGAUAAUAACCGCCAACCAAGAACAGACGAGUUAUGCUUUGCUGAGAUGGAACCUGGGUCAGCACUAAUUUUCAUGGGCUCUGCUUUUCAUGGCGGCGGUCAUAACUCAGUCCCGGAUAUGGUUCGCAUUGUACACGGGCUUUUUUUCGUCCGCGGAACUAUGCGGCAGGAAGAAAAUCAAUUUUUGACGAUCCCUCACAGCAAAAUACUUCAAAUGACACCAACAAUGCAAAACCUUCUAGGGUACAAGAAGCCACAAUCAGCUUUGGGUUUGGUGGACAACAGAGACCCUACCGCCGACCUGGCGGGUGUGCUCCAAAGAGUGAAAGCAUAAUCAUGAAUACAUGGAAUGAAUCUGCAAACAUAUGUACGUGCUUUAAUGGGGGUUCAUGCUGGAUUAUACAUUUACGUAUUGCGCCAUUCGUCAAUGUCGUUCGUUUAUUCCUACGAGGAUGCACUGUUCUUUAUUUUUCAUAGUCCUCUCUACUUCCACUAUCGCCAAGCAGGACGCUUAACUGCCCAGGACAAGAAAUUCUCUAUUCAUUUUUAUUACCUGCUUCACAACUUGCAACGUACCUAGGUAGUCAACUUCAACAAGGACUUAGUAAAUGUGAGCAUCCUUUUGAAAAAGAAAAAAGAGGGGUUUUAUUAU